CUGGCUAUUCUUCUUAUGUUCAACAAACACAUUCAUCAUUCUUGAAAUCAAAAAGUAAAAAUAAAAUGAGAAACCUAUACGUUGGGAUUUCUUUGUGUAUCCUUGUCAUUGCAUUGGAUGUCACAGCUGGAAUUCUUGGACUGAAGGCUGAAGCUGCUCAAGACAAGGAGAAGCAUAUGAGAUUCCUUCUACUCGAGUGCAAACCGCCGAGCCACCACGCCUACGAGCUCGGCUUUGCUGCGGCCGUGAUCUUUGGCGUGGCUCAUGUUUUUGCCAAUUUGGUGGGAGGCUGCAAUUUCAGACAUGCUUCCAAGCUGCCUAUGGUGUGCCUUGUCUUAACAUGGAUUGUCAUGGCGGUGGGGAUGUCGUUGCUGGUGAUCGGGACAAAAUCGAACCACAAAUCGAAAGUAUCUUGUGGGCUGUCGCACAAUAACUUUUUGUCGGGUGGAGGAAUAUUGUGUUUCAUCCACGCUGUGAUUUCUGUGGCCUAUUAUGUUACAUCCUCAGCUACCUAUCCUAAAUAGAUUUCAUUUUUUAUUUCUAUUUUGAUUUUUUAUUUCUGAUGUAUCCAUAUAUAUAUAUAUAUUACGACGAAUAUUUACCUAAAUUUCUUGUAAUAUUACUCUUUACUUUGUAUUGAAAAU